AUGAAAAAUAGUCAGAAAUUAAAUGUCACUCAAAAAAUUUAACAAAUCUACAAUUAUCAAGAGAUGCUUGAAUAAGAAUAGAUAUCAAAAUAACUUAAAGAUCAAUUAUUACUUAUAUUUAAUACUUCAAAUGAACAAAUUACCAUCAAGAAUGCACUUGAAAUAAUUAAAUCUGAGAAUUUUCUAGAAACUCAUAAAGCAUUAAUUUAAUUGAGAAAGACCUUGUCUGUAUUAUUGUUUCAAUAAUUUAAUAAGAAUUUUGAUUAAGAACAAAUAUUUACUAAUGAACUCGUACCACUUCUAUUUUAUUUAAUCCAAUAUGGAAGUACUUACAUUAUUAAAUUGGAAGCAACAUGUUAUAUUAAUUGUAUAUAUUAGAAAUUAUCUCCAUUUUUGCAGGAGGAAAAAGUCAUAUUUCAAGAAUAAUCUUUGAAAAUGGAAUUGUUUAAUUGGCUUUCUCCAUCUUUCAAAAUGAUAACCCAGAAUUAUAAAUCUUGAUAAUGAUCAUAUUAGGUAAAUUGGCAGGCGAUUCAAUCUAAUAUAGAGAUUCCAUACUUUAACUCUGUAAUUUAGAUACAAUUAUAAUGAAAAUGGAAUAAAGAUACGAAACAACUUAUGUAUGGUGUUUAGCUAAUAUGUGUAUUGGAAGACCUAGUCCAAAAUUCGAAUUGAUUAAACCAGCCUUUAAUUUAUUCAUGAAAGUUCUAAUGUAUGAACCUACAUAAAUUAAUAUAAAAAUGAUGAAUGAUGCAAUCUGGGCUCUUGGAUAUAUGUUGGAUGGUGAACCUACUCGAAUAAAUAUACUUAUUGAAUAAGGUAUUAUCAAAAAAUUGAUUGAAUUGAUGAAUUAAUGCAACUUUGUUUCUAUUUUGAGAAUAGUUGAAUGUAUUUUCUAAGGCAAUCAAGAAUAAAUUCGCUACUUAUUAGAAUGUGGAUUCUUAUCUUAAAUCAGAUAUAUUNUCGUAUCAUCUUGGUCACAUAUUUCUUAUUAAUGUACUCGUAUAGAGCCAAAGCAACUUUUUACAUUUAAUAAUAAUAACUUAAAUAAUUUCAUUGAUAUUUUCACAUUUUUAACUUCCAUCAUUAACAUAUUCUUUAUAUUUUAUCCAUAAAUCUAAAUAAAUUACGUAGUGUAUUUAUUAUAAGGUUAAAAUAUUUAGAAUCAAAUUCCAACGUCAUAAAUUAAUAGCAAAUCAAAUAAUAUGAAUAAGCAGAUCUAAAUGUUUAUGGAAUAUUAAUAAAAUCUUUUUAUAUAUCUAAUACACUAACUAAAAUAUGAAAAAUAGUCAGAAAUUAAAUGUCACUCAAAAAAUUUAACAAAUCUACAAUUAUCAAGAGAUGCUUGAAUAAGAAUAGAUAUCAAAAUAACUUAAAGAUCAAUUAUUACUUAUAUUUAAUACUUCAAAUGAACAAAUUACCAUCAAGAAUGCACUUGAAAUAAUUAAAUCUGAGAAUUUUCUAGAAACUCAUAAAGCAUUAAUUUAAUUGAGAAAGACCUUGUCUGUAUUAUUGUUUCAAUAAUUUAAUAAGAAUUUUGAUUAAGAACAAAUAUUUACUAAUGAACUCGUACCACUUCUAUUUUAUUUAAUCCAAUAUGGAAGUACUUACAUUAUUAAAUUGGAAGCAACAUGUUAUAUUAAUUGUAUAUAUUAGAAAUUAUCUCCAUUUUUGCAGGAGGAAAAAGUCAUAUUUCAAGAAUAAUCUUUGAAAAUGGAAUUGUUUAAUUGGCUUUCUCCAUCUUUCAAAAUGAUAACCCAGAAUUAUAAAUCUUGAUAAUGAUCAUAUUAGGUAAAUUGGCAGGCGAUUCAAUCUAAUAUAGAGAUUCCAUACUUUAACUCUGUAAUUUAGAUACAAUUAUAAUGAAAAUGGAAUAAAGAUACGAAACAACUUAUGUAUGGUGUUUAGCUAAUAUGUGUAUUGGAAGACCUAGUCCAAAAUUCGAAUUGAUUAAACCAGCCUUUAAUUUAUUCAUGAAAGUUCUAAUGUAUGAACCUACAUAAAUUAAUAUAAAAAUGAUGAAUGAUGCAAUCUGGGCUCUUGGAUAUAUGUUGGAUGGUGAACCUACUCGAAUAAAUAUACUUAUUGAAUAAGGUAUUAUCAAAAAAUUGAUUGAAUUGAUGAAUUAAUGCAACUUUGUUUCUAUUUUGAGAAUAGUUGAAUGUAUUUUCUAAGGCAAUCAAGAAUAAAUUCGCUACUUAUUAGAAUGUGGAUUCUUAUCUUAAAUCAGAUAUAUUCUAGAUCCAAAAAGUCGUGAAAAGAGUGGAAACAUGAUAUAAACAUUUGCAGCUACUGAAACCUUAUUUAAAGUAUUAUCUAAUUAGAAUUUCUUGAUAUCAUUAUUUAAUUCUUUAUUAGAUGACAAUUCAGAAAUAAGAGGAGAUGCUUUAGAAAUGAUUGGAAAUGCAAUAUAACAUGGGACUAAUGAUGAUGUAAAUCAGAUGGUCAAAAAUAAACUCAUUCAUAGGAUUUUAGGAAUGUUGGAAUUAGCAUAAGAGAAAGAAAUAUCAUCUCAUCAUCUUAAGAAAGGAUUAGAGAUUCUAAUAAAAAUACUACGAAAAGGGGAGAUCAAAUCAAGGGAUAGAUAGAACAAUCAGUAUUUUACAGUAUUCAUGUAGAUUGAAGGAAAAGAUGUAAUACAAAAGCUAUUAUCCUUUAAAUAGGAUGACGUUGCGAAAUAUGCUUACAUCUUUAAAUAGGAAUUCACCUUAUGAAUACAUAAAAAUUAUAAAAUUAUAUCCAAUUUUUCUUUUAAGAAUGAUCAAACUUUUUAUACUGAUUCCGUUUGUUGUAAAGGCCAUCUUUCAAUAUACCGUCAACUAUGGAGAGGUCAAAACUCUCUUCAAUAUUAACGAUGCCUUGGAGGCUGAAUUGAUUUUGUUAGAGUACUCAAUUCAAAUAAGUCUCUAGAUCAAGUGAAGAAGCAUAGUGCUCUCUCCUUAGUCCUACUAUUCAGUUCCAAGAGUAAACAAUUCGUCGAUUAUCAGAAUAUACAGAUUCUGAUACCAAUGAUUUACUAAUAGAUAUGAUCACUAUAAAUGAUGAAGUUUAGAUAGGUCUUACUGCAAAUUCCAAUUUAUUAUACUUUUAUAAUUCUACUAAUACAACCACUCUAUAGAAAUUAAGUAUUAAUAUUGAAUAGGAAAUAUUACCUUAAUUGCUUUAUUAACCUUAAUAAUUAAUUAUUAUAUAUCCAAAGAUUGCUUAUUCAGUAGAUAUAUAAUAAGGAAAUGUAUGGAAAUUGAUUCCCACUUUUUAAGGUAGAAAUAAUCGUUACUAUUCAAAAAUAAUAAAUUCUUUUUUAAUAUCUGCAGUUGGAACUGAUGGCUUGGAUAUUUAUCGUAAUCAAACACUUAUGGAUACAUUAAAUACUGUAACAAUAGGAAUCCAAUAAAUUGAUUUCAGAGACUUUGCUAUCUAUCAAUUUAAUGAUAAGAAAUUUCUAAUAUUUAUCUUAUGCAAAAUAAAUGGAAUUGUAGUAGUUGAAUUGUCCAUACUUAGAGAAUAAUAAAUUACUUACAAAUUAUUAUUAAAAUAGAUUGGUCCUAGAUCUGAUGGUAUUGUAAUUGAUCUUUUUGAUGAAUCUAAUGUCUUUGUGGCUUAUAAAAGCACACAUUAUUAUUAUUUGAUUCAUUAUAAUAUUGAACCUUAUAAUAAGAAAUGGAGUUCUAUUGCCAGAUAUAAUAUUUCUAAUCGAAUCAUAGAUAUUGAUGUAAAUGAAAACUAUGUUUUGGUUUAGGGAACAUAUAAUCAUCAUUUUAUUUAAUAUAAGAAAUAAUUGAAAAGUGUCUCAUUUCGUUUAGGUUCAGUCAAACAGUUUGUAACAUCAUAAAAUUAUAUUUAUGGUACUACAUCUAACUAUUUAUUCAAAUUUCAUCCUUUAAUUUAACCAUAUUCAAUUAAAUGCUAUAUCGAGUGUAAAUAAAUUCAAUAGAAAUUUUAGCUGAUCAAAAAUUUAUUCGAUAAAAAUAUAAAUUACUUUAUAAGACACAACUUAAUUGGUAAUCAACAGAAUUUGAGGUUCUCUUCAAUCAAAUGCCAUUUUCGAUAUCAACAAAUUUGAUAAUAUUGAUUUUAAUAUUAUCAUUCAUCCUACUCCUAGGAAUCCUAAUUGUCUAUCAAUAUAAACAAUAUCAACAUACAAAUAAUGAAAGACUUAAUUUGGAAUUGAAAAUAUAAUAUUUACCUUAAAAUAGAGCUUCCAAAUUAUUAAUGCCUCAUACUUUUAGAAUUAAUUAAUAACAUGUUGACUAAAAAAUGAAUACAAUGAAUUUUACAGAUGAAACUAUCUAUCCAAAAGAUAAGAAGAUAUUUUGA